AUGCCGUCCGUCCUGAGCAGCAAUGCAACCUUCUUCCGCCGUCACGAUGGGGCCGCCAAGGAGGCGUUUAAGACAGCCGCGGGCCUGCCCAUGGCCGUCAUGACCUUGUGGGGGCCGUCAGGCGACUCGGACAAGGCGCCUUGGGCGGAGAUGGCUUGUGUCAUGCCCAAUGCCAAGGACGCGGCCAGCGGCUCGACGACUCGCGCUGUCGCAUUCCUGGGCUGGUCGGCCGUCACCCUGGCGGUAGUCGCCUCGCUUGUUCUGUGA